AUGAGAUUAAGUGGCCUCAAAGGGAGUUGGAAAUUGGAAUACAUUGAAGGUCAAGGACCUCAGUCUUACCUAAACGAGUUGUUGCCGUUCCUUGUUCUUCCAGAACUAACAGUGGCGGAUGAUACGGUUGAUGAUCAAACCGGCGGGGAAUUUUCUGAUCCUGACGUACGCCAGAGCGACGGUCAUGUCGAGGAAUUGAUGAAAAGGAUCGAUGCACUGGAAUGUGAGAGAGGUGGAUUGGCGAAUGAAAUUGCAGGUAGGAAGACCGAAAUUGAUAAACUGACGCAGGAGAUUGACGGCUUGAGAGAAGAUGAAUCGAAGAUGCGAGAGAAGAUUGAAGGUUUGGAGAGAAAGUUCGAACGGUCUGAGGUGGCCAAGAAGCCAGAGGAAGCUAUGGCGGCGAGAAGGGCCGACCUCGAGGCCGAGGUUUUCAGGCUUAACCGCAAGAAAAUUAGGGUGUUGGAGGAGUUGAGAGAGGAAAUUGGGGAGAAAGAGAAGGAAAUUGGUGGUUUUAGACACAGGCUUGAGGAGUUGCAAAGGGUUGUCCCAGAGAAGGGAUCUGUAUUGGAAGAAAAGCUAAAUCUGGGGGAGGCACUGAGAGAAUCAGAGGAGAAAACAAGAAGCAUGGAAUCAAAUAUUUUGAAAAUGCAGAAGAAAGUUAAGGAAGCAAAAAACAUUGUCAAAUCUUUCACGGAGAAAGCUAAUGAGGCAGUCAAUGAAGCUGUGAAUGAAAUGGAUAAUGAAGCAAAGGCAAAGGGGUUGAAUGGGUUGAAGCCGCAGUGGCCUGUGGUUGCAGCAUCUACUGGAGCUAUUGCUGCAGCAGCUGUUGUUAUCUUUGUCUGCUAUGGAAAACGUACGUGA